AUAUUUGUUGCCAAAAGUAAUGAACUCGACCAGUUGCAAGCAUUCGCUAAAGGUGAAUUGGGUUUGGAUAACGAAGUUGAGCUAAAAGCGAUGAUUGAUGAAGAAAUUGCAUUACUAGAAAAACAACUUGAAACGUUGAGCAAACAAUUGAUAUAUGCGAUUGUUCAAGAAACUGAAUUCGAUCUUUUCAAUAAAUGUCAGAUGGAAUUUUCGCCAGGUGUUGGCGGAACAGAAGCAACGUUAUUUACUUUUGAACUACUUGAAAUGUAUAAAAAAUUCGUUGGAAAUAAAGGAUGGACAUGGAAUUUGUUGCAAGGCAAUCUUGAAGAAGGAAGAGCAUUGAUAGGCAUAACUGGUGAAAAAUGUUAUCAGGCUCUUCGGAAUGAAGCAGGAAUUCAUCGGGUACAAAGGACACCAGUUACUGAUAAAUCUCGUGUGCAUACAAGCACCUCAAGCGUAGUUGUAUUGCCAGAACCUGAGCAAGUCGAGGCAUAUAUCAAACCAGGCGAUUAUAAAUUGGAAACAAUGCGAGCUUCGGGUCCCGGUGGUCAGAAUGUUAAUAAACGGUCUAGUGCCGUUCGUCUUACUCAUUUGUCAACUGGUCUCUCUGUAAAAGUAAUGGAUGAGAGAUUUCAGCAUCUUAAUAUGAAGAUUGCAUUUCAACGAUUAAGUGCAAUUUUAUUGCAAUAUAAAAUUGACGAAAUGGAAGAGAAGGUUUCUCAAUCCAGGAAAAUUCAGGUGGGAAGUAAAGCGAGAGCAGAAAAAAUAAGAACAUAUAAUUUUAAAGACGAUCGUAUAACCGAUCAUCGAUUAAGAAGAUCGUGGACAGGGAUGACGGAUAUGUUAAAAGAUGCGCAACUGCUUAACGUAAUUAUAAAUGCAAUUGAAGAAGAAAAAAAUGUUGAACGCUUAACCGAAUCAACUGAAUUAAUCCUCAAGAAAUAUAAUCUCUUAAAUAACAAUUAUUUAUCUUUAGAAAGUAAUUAA